AUGCAGUCUCCUGCUUCCGCGCGCUCUGCGUCGCCUCUGGCGACCGCAAAUCUCGAUGGUCCGUCCAUGCUUCCGCCUGGCGCCGCCACGCCGGCCGCGCCGGCAGACUCUGAAUGCGCCGCCGCGCUCGCGCAGAUUGUCGAUGUUGUGGCCGCUGCUGGUGAAGACAGCGAUGCUAACUCCGGUCUUGACGAAGAGAUGGUGCGUGUGUGGGAAGAAUUAGAGCUCACCAGUCGCUCUCCCGGUCUUGGCUCUCCAGACUCGGGCUCGGCGUCCCCGGCGCCGCCGCCUGCGUCGCCAGCACCGCGUGAGGUUGUUGCUUCGGUUGGUGGUUUUUCUCCACCUACGCGCCUCCAGGAGUUGAUCUUCAUGCUCGAUGUGGAAGGGUUGUCUGUCGAGGAGGCGAUAGCUGUUGAGCCUGCGCUUGGGGAGACCUUUGAGGCCUCGCCUGAAGAUAAAUCCAGGCUUUUCGAUGAUAGUGACGACGAUAAAGGCCUGCCUCAGGUUGAUCGCUCGCGCUUGCGUCGCGGUGACGAGACUUCGACGUGGCAUCCGAUGCCGCUUCCUCCGGCGCCCAAAAAGCACCCGUCGAACAACCGCAAGAACCACUACAACCCGAAGAAGCCUUGGGAUUACAACACUGAAGUUGACAUCGUCCGUGCCUUGGAUGUCAGGGGCAAGGCUCCGCACCGUUGCUACUUGGUGGAAUGGGAAGGCAAUCCGCUACAGCUAAGCUGGGUCUGGAUGGAGCAGCUCGACAAACCGUCGACGCGCUACAUGGUGAGGAUGGUGGACGCUUGGAAGGAAUCGGGAGACAAGCGCACCUUCUGUUAUCGGUACUCGGAGCGUGAUUCCGCGUCGGAGGCUGGUACUUGUUUCAUGGAUGCUUUCCGCUCGGCCUUGUACUAUCUCGGACAGCCGGAUCUAUACGGUGUGUCUCGCGACGACGUGACGGAGUUCUUCAAAGUUCUGCAGCGCAAGAGUGUGUCACUGAACUACGACGUCCUUCUCCGAAACGCUCUUCCAGAGUCAAGUGCCAACAUCACGACGCUCCAAGGUGUUUGCCGCAAACAAGCACCCGGUGUUUACGUCGUCAGCGCUGGCCGCAAUGAUGUCGGGCACUGCUUUGUCGUGGUUAACCAUGGUCCGGAGAAGCAACUUCUGGCUCUUGACAAUUUCAAUGCCCGCAAGAACCCGCCGGUGGACGUUCUUCCUCUGAUGGAGCUGCAACCAGGAUACAAGUGUCGCCACGGCAAGCGCAAGUCGAAAACGCAGAAAAAGCGGGAGAAGCGCAUGAAGCAGCAGGUUCUGCAACACGAGGGGAUGUAA